AUGGCAGGCAUUUCCUGGGCUGAAGGAGUCUCCAACGAGACGGUUGACCGUGCCAGUUCAGAGUUCAGCUUGGAAGCAGAUUUCCAGUAUUCCUUGUUUACUGUCAUCUACAGCGUCGUCUUCGUGCUGGGACUGACAGAAAAUGCCUUAGCUCUGUACCUCCUGUCCUGCCGGGUAAAGCACGCUUCCCAUUCCUACGUCUACAUGAUUAACCUGGCUCUGGUGGACACCCUGUUUGUUUGUGUGUUGCCUUUUAAAAUUCACUACCAUCUGAAUCGGAACGACUGGGUCUUUGGCGACGUGGCCUGUAGGAUCACGGGGACGUUGUACUACAUCAACAUCUACCUAAGCAUUGCCUUUUUCACCUGCAUUUGCGUCGAUCGCUACAUUGCAGUGCUGCACCCCUUCAGGUACAUCCAGAUCAGGGUCGUGCAUUACGUCGUGGUGGUCUCAGUCCUUUGGGCGGUUGCUGUGUGCGUCACGGUUCCACUUAUCCUUGGAGGUCCCCUCCACAACAGGGGCGCGAGGAACACGACAGCGUGCUUUGAGAACUUCGCUACCAGCAGCUGGACUUACCGCAUGGCGCCUUACAACAUCCUGGCCUUAGUUUUUGGGUUUGUCAUCCCGUUUUCCAUCAUCCUGAUCAGCUACCCUCUCAUUGCUAAGAGGAUCUCCCAGAUCAAACACAGCAUUCGCAAGAGGAAGGCCCUGAGCACCAUCUACAUCAUCUUGCUCAUUUGUACGUUGUGUUUUCUCCCCUAUCAUCUCACCCACCUGCUCCACUUUUUAAUGAGGAUCCAGGUCAUCCAAAACGGGUCAUUCGCCAACCUGAUCUACAAAAUGCGAAGGGUCACCUUAGCCCUCGUGAGUUUCAACUGUUGCCUUAACCCGCUCUUGUACUACUUCACCUCUUCCAGCAAGACGUGGCACUUCAACCUCAGGCUCAGAUUCAGGUCGAAAACGGUGUACACCAUCUGCGACCAGUCGCUGGGGGAGUUCACCUAUGCGUAUAAAGUACAACAGAGACCCGGAAUUAAAAGCCGCAGGAGACGGAAUCAACCGAUCUACUCCAAGUAA